AUGGAACCGUCACCGACCAUCAAUGAAUCUUCGCUGGCUACCGCGGCAAAUUAUUUUUCUCACUCCCACUUCGCAUCUGGGAUUCAUUUCUAUUGGGUUGAACAGGAUGCACUGCUGGCCUCGGAACCUACUGGAAAACGCAAUAUCCAAUCACCACUAGGUCAUGAUGCAUCGGGUGCAGGUAAAGAGCACGGACAAAAUGAAUGA